AACUCUCCACCUUUCUUCAUCCUUCUGUAGAACAAGAUUCCGAAAUCGAAUGGGUUUUUGAACUUCACUCAAGCAACAAUGGACGAGGUGGCCUUGGAGGUGGAGACGGUGAAGAAGGAGUACAAAGAAACAGGAAAAAAGCUAGAACAACACAUCGAUUCCAUCCGAGACUAUGGAAAAUCUGGAUUGGGGUUUUCGUCGGAGGAGCAGAAGAGUUCACUCCCCAGACUGAACGGCCUCGCACAGGACUGCUUGAAUCUGCUUCAAUCGCUGCAAUUCAGGCUUGAUCUCUUGGCCCCGCAGAUGCCCAGUGAUGAUCAGGUUCAGGAUGCCCAGUUUCUGGCUGAUUCGUGGAAAGAUCAAAUUGAGAGCUGGCGGGUGGCCCUGAGAAAUGCUAAUUUACAAGCCAAGACUAAUAUGAGGAAAACUGCACAAGAGGAGAGAGAAUUGCUUUUGGGAGGUGGAGGGGAAUCCACCAUUCGUAGACGCAACUUGCAGACAAAAGCUGGAAUGACAUCUGCAGCUGAAAGCAUCACAGAAAGCCUUCGCCGAACUCGCCAAUUGAUGGUUCAGGAGGUUGAAAGAAGUGCUAGUACUCUAAUGACAUUUGAGGAAUCAACAGGGGUUUUGAGAAAAGCUGAGAGUGAAUACAAAGGCCAUCGCUCAUUGCUGAUGCAAACCCGAAACCUUCUCUCCACAAUGCAACGCCAGGAAGUUCUUGAUCGGGUGAUACUUGUCGCGGGGUUUCUUCUCUUCUCUUUGGCAGCACUCUAUGUCGUCUCAAAGCGCAUUGGACUUCUAAAGCUGCAACGGAAGGUUAUGGAAGCCGUAAAGAGUGGGAAAGUGGAGAAGAUUGUACCUAACAUUGUUCAGGUCCAACAGAACGGCGUUCCUCCUCUCGAUGUACCCUUAGAACAACUUGUGCACGAUGAACUUUGAAGUUUCUUUUGCGAGGUACUAACAUCUCUUUCGUUCACCGUGCUCUAUUUUAGUGGGCCAGAAAUGAUUAUACAGAGAUUGAGUCAUGAUUUUUUUUUGUUUUCUGCACCAUUUUGUUUGUGGUUUGCAAGGGGUGUAUGUACAUUGUUGUUGGUGUUGUACACAUGUAGAAAAAAUGGUCAUGUUGCUUACUUGCUUUGGUCCUCAGCAUCUCCAAUCUAAUACCAAAAUUUGUCCAUUUAUUCUGUCUUU